UUCUUUUCUCGUUGGGCCUUAUGGUGUGAGCACGUGUCCACGAUGAGUCUCGUAGUUCCGGAAAAGUUUCAACACAUCCUUCGUGUUCUUAACACAAAUAUUGAUGGUCAAACGAAGGUCAUGUAUGCCCUCACAUCAAUUAAGGGUGUGGGCCGUCGGUUCGCCAAUAUCGUCUGCAAAAAGGCCGACAUUGACUUGAACAAACGCGCAGGUGAGCUGUCGGAACAGGAAGUGAAUGCCAUCAUUACCAUCCUGAAUAAUCCUCGUCAAUUUAAGAUUGCCGAUUGGUUUUUGAACAGACAAAAGGAUAUUGCCGAUGGCAAAUAUUCACAGGUCGUCUCUAACAAUCUCGACUCCAAACUUCGCGAGGAUCUCGAAAGGCUGAAAAAGAUCCGUGCCCACCGUGGUCUUCGUCAUUUUUGGGGCCUGAGAGUGCGCGGUCAGCACACGAAAACUACUGGUCGUCGCGGACGCACCGUGGGUGUCUCCAAGAAGAAGGGUUAAUCGUAAAAACAUCUGCUGCCUCACGAGAAAUCGGAUGACAUUGUGCCUGUGUGUCACUUGCGUGGGCGAAUUGCAAGUACUGCAGAUUAAAAAUAAUAAAGUCCUUU